AUGGAGUGGCCAGUCAAGAAUAAGCAUCUGCCAAUAUCGCCCAACUAUGGCCGAAGCGAUGCUGGACUACACCCGGUCCCCGAGCCCACGUUGGAGGUCGUCGCUGGCGACAGAGUGGUCUAUGACGAAGGAAAAGAGGUCGUCUCGUCGCCAGGCGCCGGCGAAUCAACCAUAGUCUCUCCCUCAUCACCCUCAGAUUUGACGUCUGCCACGACGCCAGGGCAGGCCAAGAUCAAGCCAUUCGAUGGCCACUACGACGGCCACCACUACCACCACCACGGGAUGGAGGACGACGGGAAAAUCGUGGUGACGAGCUCCUCCAACGACAAACAGCCGUGGUACCGAAAGCCGAUAGUCCUCGCGGGAUUGAUUGUCCUAGCCGUCGUUAUUAUUCUGGCCGCCGUGCUGGGAGGCGUUUUCGGUUCGAGGAGCCGCAACAAUUCGUCGUCGCCCGACUCAUCAUCAGGAAGCACCACCACCACCACAGCUUCAGCAGCGCCGUCCUCGACCGCGACGUCAAUUGCCGCAGACUCACCCAUGGGCGUUUCGGGGUGGAAGAAUGGCGACGAUAACAACUUAUAUGUCGCCUACCAGGCCGCCGACAACUCGCUUAAAUACAGCAAGGCCACGGCGUCGGGGUCACAGACUGAAUUUACCUGGGGGGAGCCGAAGUCGCUCAAGCCGGAAAGCACGCUGGGAAAGAAUGCUGGUCUGACUAUGAGCGUCAGUGUCGAUCAGUCAAACGACGCCAACUCACAGAUCCAGCUUAGCCUUCUAUAUGUCAACGAGACCUCGUACAUCAACGGCCUGACUUACGUUACCGGGGGACAGGCGGAAGCCAAGGGAUUCACGACCUCCGAUAUCAACCAGCAGCCUUUCAAAGUGGCCGAGAACAGCACCCUGUCCGCGUAUUGGCCCUUCAUGUUAUACCAGAAUACCUCGGGUGUUGUCCACGCCCUUUGGUACGAGUCGGAAACCCCAUACGUUCCUUACAGUCUCUCAGCUACGGCCGCGUCGAAAUCGAAUCUGGCCGUGGUGCCUGUUUCACGAAACGUCACCAAAAUCAGCGGGAAAGGCUUCUGGGCAAUCUUCUACCAGAACCAGAACGGGAAGAUAGUCGCCACUCCGGACCCGGGGUUCUGGGACGAAAAGCGUGCUGAUGACCUUGUCACCAUUGUCAGCACCUGGAAUUCUACGUUUCCAGAUAUCACACUUGCAAUUGGAAGCUCGUUCACGGCAUUCUCACUUGCGCGCGGAGACAACGACAAGGUCAACACAUUUCUCCUGUAUCAAGAUGGUUCGGAUAUCAAGCAGGCCUGGAUCAACAACGACAACGGCUGGCAGAUCUCAUCACCCAAGCUCCUACAAGGGGCAGACAGGGGGACGCACAUCGGAUGCAUAACCCCCGCCGUGUGGAAGAGCGACCGCACGUUUUCCGAAAAGCUCCUGGCAGAAGAAUCGGACUUGUCGAAAUGCUACUUCCAGAAAGGUGGCAAGCUCUUCGAGGUCCGGCUGGAAGGCAAGGACUGGGUGGACUUGAAAGAGAUUUCAAUACCGUAA